AUGGGACCCCUGAGCCUCUGGAGGCCUGUCGUUCCCUUUCCUCACUGGAAUCCCAUGUCUAAAUACAGUGAAUUGCUCGAAACUAAAUGCCUAGUCAAAAAGGCUCGUGGUCAUCCACCACCGGACGCAGGGCUCAGACAGCCGGAGCACGUUUUGGAUGAGACACGCAUACAAAUAGAAGCCUCAUCGAGGCUGAGGCUCCGGGGACUCGAUUUAAGCGUGUUCGAUGCGGAGUUUGCGGUUUGGGCGUGCCCGCAGGCAAGUGAAUUCAUCGUGGCUUUACAUGCACGGAGAGCCACAGCCGAUGGCCUUGAGGGGCGUGCGAGGUUUCUUAGGGGGAUGUUUCGACUCCAGGAUGGAGCAGGAAUGGCUGCACAAGUAACCUCGGGUUCACCUACCCCCGGUGAAGGGGCCCCAUUCGGCGAGGAUCUCCCAUCGCACGGGCUCCAAAGGAUUACUGAUCGGUUCAAAUCAGCUGAAGUGGCACUUAGAGAAGCAGAUUUUGUGCACAUAUUGCUGCGAAAGGAAUGUGAGAAGCCAGAUACGCAGCAGCCGCAGCAACAACUGCACGAGCAGGAACGCCUACGUCAGCAGCACGGCAACCAACAGCAAAACUGGGAACAUCUGAAGCAAAUAUCCAUGAGUGUUGUGGGUCUUGAAGGGCUUCCAGGUCAACACUUGGAAUUUGAUGAGGCACAGCUCAACGCUGCUGCCAUCAGCAGAAGCAGACGUAGCAAAUCGAGAGCUCCUACGUGCGACUCCAGCAACAACAGCAGUGAUAUAUCCCCGGCUGUGGUAGCAGCAGCCAGAGCAGCAGCGGAAGCAAUUGCUUCGGCUGCUGUUAAGGAGACAGCUUCGCCUCCGGAUGCAGCUACAGCAGCGUUGGCAGGAGCUACAGAAGCGGCAGCAGGUGCUGCAUUUGCUAGAGUGUAUGCCAUACAGGAACGUCGGGGAGCGUGGCUGCUGCCAGGCUGCCUGACCCUCCCGCAGCAACUGUUGCUGAGCGAUGAAGUCUGCUGUUCGCUGCUAAGGCCCCCUGCGGUCUGCAAUCUUUGCCAGCACCAGCAACAGAGGCCGUCGCAGGUGCAAGGCAGCUAUAAUGCUUCGAUUCCAAGGGGUGGCUGCAGCAGCGAAUCAAGAGAGUCCGGUUGCGCUGCUGCUGAAGGCGUUGCAUUGACACUCAGUACAGAGCUCCGGAAGUGUAGCCGUAUGCCUGCCCUCAAGCAGCUCUCAGGUGAUCCUAGAACCCUGCCGCUCACCAGCAACGGAAGCAUCAGCAGCACUUGGCGGCAAUGGCAGCUUCACCAAUCCGAGGUUGGUGCUACUGCUGCGGAGCAGGAAGCCAUGGCCGAGCAGCGACUGCUGCUGCACUACCUUCCGCCUCCUCGAGAACUGCGCUGGUCCUCGAUCGGCUCUCAAGUGUAUGACUGGGGUAGGCGAGCCUACUAUACGGAUCCCUCAGAGAAGCAGCUCUCAAGUGAUUCUCUUGCAAGACUCAACGAUGCACAGUCCUGCUGCAGAGACAGCAUCACCAGCAGUAGCAGUAGCAACAGCAGCAGCGGAGUUGUUCUACCAGCGGUCUUGCACUACCUUGCGGGCUAUGCCCUGAACACCGUGCACCUGCAGCGACAACAGACAGUUGCUUCUUCUUCUACUCCUGAUGCUCCUGCUGCUUCUACCGCUGCUGCUGUAGAGCUUGCUGCAUAUCUGCAGACUGCUCUGGUGAAUGUAUAUCGAGCAGGAGAUCGCUUGAGGGGGCACAAAGAUGAUGCAGAAGUCAAUGGCCUCGUGCCCCUUGUUUCCAUCAGGGAGGAGCCCCUGCCUCUUGUUCUGCGGUCUGGCGACUUGCUAAUUCUUUCGGGCCCAGCGCGUCUUCUGUUGCAUGGUGUUCCCAAACUUCUUUACUACACACCAAAGCCGCCAAAACUAGCGACAAGGUGCGAGAAAUGUACUGAUGGUGGUGGUGGUGACGGCUGGAAGCCUUUACAGAGCAGCUGUAACAAUGUCGACAGCAGCAAGAUCAUCACGUCCCCACACACAUUUGCACGUCAUGCCAACGGACUUCGCAGAGGCCAGCAACUGUCACCGCCUCCAGAGUUGCUACUUUUCGGCAAAAGAUUUGCCGACGAUCAGCCGGAGCCGAAGCAGCAGCAGAUUACGCAGCUGGUGGAGUACGUAAAAUGCCUACCGCACUUGUUGCGUGUUGAGGUAAUCCUUAGGGAGAUUAUACGAGAAAAAGAGAAGAGAAUAGAAUACUGGCAGCAGCGCCUCCUAUCUGUGUACAGGGAACUGCAACAUCUGAGACUAAAUCUAAGCUGCCGGGGGACUUAA